AUGUCUAUUGUACCUAGUCCAGAAUUGUUGACUGAAGCAGCAGGUGUCAAAAUUUUUAUGACACCUUUGUCAGAAGAACAUUCGUCAAAUGUAUCUUCAGUCACGGGAAAGAUUUGUGUAACAUUAGAAAAUAUAAAGGAAGCCAAAUCUUGUGGAUUUCAUCUUACAAAAUCAAAAUGGGAUCCCUAUCCUUGGGUAAGCUGCGUUGAAACCGAAAGUCUCGCGGAUGCAGCUGGUCUUAGAGCUGGUGAUUGCUUAGUGAGCAUCAAUGGAAAGGAUUUAAUAGGACUGAAAAUAAAAGAAAUUGCAACAUUGAUUCAUCAGCAUCAGAAACACAAUGUAAAUCUGUUUGUUUGGAGAUAUGCUAAUGAAGAAGAGCAGCAAGAAACAGGAAUAGCUGUAAAAGGACCUCUACCUGAUGUAGCCAGUAAGCUUGCAAAUGCAGUGUCUGGAGUUGUGAGAGCACUAGAAUGUCCAGUUUGUUUGGACAGUUCAAUGCCCCCGGUUUCUCAGUGUGUUCACGGACAUAUCAUUUGUGUAGGAUGUAGAACAAGAACACCUCGUUGUCCAGUCUGCAGAGUUAGAUUGGGUCAAGGUCGAUGCUUGCUUGCAGACAAACUGCAUAAAAUAUUUCGGGACGCUUUUGAGAUAAAGAACAAUUCAUGUGAUGACACUGUAUAUCGGGGUUGGAGUCUUCGAGAUCACCUUUUUGGCAAAACUAAAAGCAGAAGAGCACCAUCAGAGAGAUCAAAAAGUAACGGUGCAAUUUUGAAAGCACGUCAGUUAUUGUUAAGUAAAUUAUUUCUCGGUGGAGCAGAGAAAGCCGCUUCAGCGGAUAAUUUAACAACAGUCGCCAAUGAAACAUGCAAUGCGAAUGAAGCCUUGAUGAAUAAUUUGAAAUUCACAGAGCGUUUAAGAUUAUGCGAUCGUACGAAGUCUGCGAGCACUGGAGAGUUAUCGAGAGAAAUUCCGAGAAAUGUUAACAAUGAUCAUUCGCAGACUGAUGCUGUAAGCAGAAUGUCGAGCACUGCCAGUUUGAUGUCCAGUGUACCCCCUACACCCAUUUGGGAAGGUUCUAUGGAUUCCGUGACCUGUGCACAAAUAGUAUGCCCUCUUUCGAAACAAACUGACUGCAGAGAUUUUAUUACAUCUGAUAUAGUGUUGGAACAUUUAAGUGGAGUUCAUGAUGUACCCCAAGUACAUUUUUAUUCCAUUCAUAUACAGAUACCAUUACCACUUCCUUUUGGUGUUAAUGCUGUUUAUGUAAUACAUUAUGGUGGAGACCUUUUUUUCCUCCAGUACGAUCAGGAAGCUGUCUGGAUUUCAUGUACAAGGGGAGGAAGGAAUGUAUGGGAAUGGACUUUGCAUGGCCAAGGGGAAAAUGGUACUGAAAUAAAACUGCGAAGAAGCGUUGUCAGCCUUGAAAUUCCCGUAACUGUAUCAACACAACAUAUUGCGCCAUUGCCAAGCGCUUUAUCACUGCACACAUUGAACAUUCAAUUAGACGAGUGCAGCCUUCAUGAACAAUUUGAUGUAUGA